ACAAGGUUUUUAAAGACAAAUCACUCGUACAAAUCUCUCAUCAUACUUUCACUUCACCUCGGCUCCCAUCUCUCCUCUCAUUCAGUGAUAUCGACAUUCUUCCCAAAAUGUCGGAUCUCAGAGCACCAUUAGUACGACCGAAGAGAAAGAGGAUAUGGGUUGAUUACUUUGUUCAGUUCAGAUGGAUUAUCGUCAUUUUCGUCGUCCUUCCUAUUUCAGCCACCUUAUACUUCCUCACAUAUCUCGGGGACAUGAAAUCCGAGAUGAAAUCCUACAAGAAACGCCAGAAGGAACACGACGAAAACGUUCUGAAAGUCAUCAAAAGACUCAAGAAGAGAAACCCGUCAAAGGACGGUCUUGUCUGCACUGCACGUAAGCCAUGGGCUGUUGUUGGAAUGAGGAACGUGGAUUACAAGAGAGCUCGCCAUUUCGAGGUUGACUUGUCUGAAUUCCGAAAUAUCUUAGAGAUCAACAAAGAAAGAAUGAUUGCUAGGGUUGAGCCUCUCGUUAACAUGGGACAGAUCACUCGUGCCACUGUCCCAAUGAACCUCUCCCUUGCUGUUGUUUCUGAGCUUGAUGAUCUUACUAUUGGUGGAGUCAUCAAUGGUUAUGGCAUUGAAGGAAGUUCUCAUCUCUAUGGCUUGUUCAGCGACACUGUCGAGGCGUACGAAAUCGUUCUAGCAGAUGGGUCACUUGUCAGGGCCACGAGGGACAACGAGUACUCCGAUCUUUUCUACGCCAUUCCGUGGUCACAAGGAACGCUUGGACUUAUUGUUUCUGCCGAGAUCAAGCUUAUUCAUAUCAAAGAAUACAUGAAAGUUACAUACACACCGGUAAGGGGUGAUCUUAAAACCCUAGCUCGGGCGUAUACGGAUUCUUUCGCACCUAAAGACAGGAAUCCCAAGAAAAUCCCAGACUUCGUCGAAGGGAUGAUUUUCACCGCAAACGAAGGCGUGAUGAUGACGGGAAAAUACGCUUCGAAAGAAGAAGCUAAGAAGAGAGGAAACAAAAUCAACGAAAUCGGGUGGUGGUUCAAACCGUGGUUCUACCAACACGCUCAGACCGCAUUGAAGAAGGGAGAGUUCGUAGAGUAUAUUCCGACAAGAGAAUAUUACCACAGGCAUACGAGGUGUUUGUACUGGGAAGGGAAGCUUAUACUUCCGUUCGGUGACCAGUUCUGGUUUCGGUUCCUGUUCGGUUGGCUGAUGCCUCCUAAGGUUUCCCUUCUCAAGGCCACUCAAGGUGAAGCCAUUAGGAGCUACUACCAUGAGAUGCAUGUCAUACAGGACAUGCUCAUUCCUCUCCACAAGGUCGCUGAUGCUCUUGAAUGGGUUCACCGUGAGAUGGAGGUAUAUCCGAUCUGGCUUUGCCCUCACAAGCUCUACAAGUACCCAAUCAAACCGAUGAUUUACCCGGAGCCAGGCUUCGAGUACGAAAACAGACAGGGAGACACUGAAGAUGCGCAGAUGUACACUGAUGUCGGAGUGUACUAUUCCCCGGGACCCGUCCUGAGAGGCGAAGUUUUCGACGGAGCAGAAGCCGUGAGAAAGAUGGAGCAAUGGCUGAUCGAGAACCAUGGGUACGAGACCCAAUAUGCAGUGACUGAACUCGACGAGAAGAGCUUCUGGAAAAUGUUUGACGGUGAACUAUACGGGCAUUGUCGGAAGAAAUAUAGAGCCGUCGGGACGUUCAUGAGUAUUUAUUACAAGUGCAAGAAGGGCAAAAAGACCGAGAAGGAGGUCCGAGAAGCCGAGCAAGCUUGUCUUGAGACCGCCUAUGCCGAGGCUGAUUAGGGUUUUUUCGGAUCUGGAUUUGGUUUGGUGGAUGAGUUUACCAGUUUCUUCUUGUGGAUUGAUUUCCUUCAGGUUCUUGCUUCUUGUGGUUUUUAGCUUUGAAGACAAAACUAUUUUGGUGGUUCUUGCUGUUGCGGCUGUUGUAAUGCUUCAGACUUGAAAAUUUUCA